AUGUCCGACUCUAUGCGUCAAGCUGUCAUUUUACGAGUAACUUGUCCCUACUGCGAACGAAGCGGAUUUGUUCAUUCUAACCUUAGAAAGCAUAUGUUAAGUCAUGGCAUUGAGAUUAAGGACUACCGCAGCAAGGGAUUUCGGAGAACAAAUGACCAAAAGUAUAUAUAUACAUCUGCAGAAGAUCCUGAUGCAGUGGUACAUCAUGAAUGCAUCGCAUGUGACUAUCAUUGUGUCGAUGUCAAGGAUUUGAAAGCACAUAUAACGCAAGAUCAUAACGUGAAAAGCGAUGAAGGUGUUCAGCUGACGUCAGAUGAUGACAGGGAGGUGGAAUCUCAUCAACUCGAUAACUUUAAUGAAGAAGAGGAAGAAAACAACAACACUAUUAGCGCGGUAGCACUUGAAGUGCUUACGAAGGCUUACAAGCUUAUGCGAGAAGAACAGAAAUGGAAGUUGUCCACUGGCAAAUAUGUGGAAGAUGAGCUAUACAAGUUUGCUAAGAAAUGCGUGUAUGAUCAUCCAUCUCUUUCGUUCAUCCUAGAUCCUUAUGAUGCUACCUAUCUACAGCAAGGUGUUUUCACAGAGGCCGAAAUUGAUGAGAUGAAGGCCUGUAACCGUGUCAUCAUGGAACCUUUACAAAAGGAUGUCAUCGCUUAUUUGAAGUUAUUCAAUUGUACUACAACAGAACAAUUACGAAUGGCAUGUUUAAAGAAUUUGGAAUGGUACCAACCGUUCAAUAGGAAAGAACACUUUUACCAAGACUGGAUACGGAGGACCAUUGACAUGAUGAUUGCAGAAUUUGAGGCUGGCAGUCUAAACUCACAACAUUCCGAAAGCUGGUACAUGGCUAGGAUAUGGACAAUGAUCGAUAGAGUGUUUGCUGAUGUUGAGGAUCUGGAAACAGUACGGGGGGAAUCCAGUAGCAUUGCAACUUCCACAAGAAAGAAUCAAGACAGGGUGAUAGCGUCAAUGGUCAAAAUGAAAAGAAAGGCAAUGGGCAGAAGGGGCGACCUCAUUCUUAGAAAGAAUUCAGCUGAGUAUGGUUGUGCUGAAGCUGGCGCCAAGGACGAAGGAAGUUGGGGAACGAAAAAGCUCAUGGAGAAAGGAGUCAAGGCUGCCAAAACUUUGAAAGACAUGUUGAAUAAUUUGUGUGACUUGGUUGACAACGUGGAAUCGUCUGUAAGACAACUUCGCACCAUUGGAUAUAUCCUUUCUGGUUUGUCCAUGGAAUUAAUGGUUAUGGAUUCCCCAAUGGGCUACUGUUGUCGGAUCACAAGGUCCAAGUUGUAUUCAGUACCUACAAGUGCUUUGCAAGUCAGGCGCAAAUUACUGCCAUUAAUGUCAGCUCUGAUAUCGACAAAGUUGCUGGUGCUGAAAGUCAUUAAUGAGGUUGAGCACCAUGAUUUGGAUGACGAUGAUUUGGAAGACUCUCUAGCAAAUACAUUUCAGGAAGAAUCUUCAAGAAUAGGAUCUCCAAAACGUACAACAAUUGUCUUUCCAACUUGUAAUGUCACACCAACGAAAAGAAAGCAAAGUAGCACAUGA